CGGGGCGAGCGUCGUCGCGUCCGGGUGACGUCUCCCGCGGGCGUCGGGCAGGGUCGGCCGUGUCGGCAGCAGUGUCCGCGCCUGCGGGUGGGAAAUGGCGGAGUACUUGGCCUCCAUCUUCGGCACCGAGAAAGACAAAGUCAACUGUUCAUUUUAUUUCAAAAUUGGGGCAUGUCGUCAUGGAGACAGAUGCUCUCGGUUGCACAAUAAACCAACCUUUAGCCAGACCAUUGCCCUCUUGAACAUUUACCGUAACCCUCAAAACUCUUCCCAGUCUGCUGACGGUUUGCGCUGUGCCGUGAGUGAUGUGGAGAUGCAGGAACACUAUGAUGAGUUUUUUGAGGAGGUUUUCACGGAGAUGGAGGAGAAGUACGGGGAGGUGGAGGAGAUGAACGUCUGCGACAACCUCGGGGACCACCUCGUUGGCAACGUGUAUGUGAAGUUCCGCCGUGAAGAAGACGCAGAGAAGGCUGUGAUUGACUUGAACAACCGCUGGUUCAACGGGCAGCCCAUCCACGCCGAGCUCUCCCCGGUGACCGACUUCCGGGAAGCCUGCUGCCGCCAGUAUGAAAUGGGAGAGUGUACACGAGGCGGCUUCUGCAACUUCAUGCAUCUGAAGCCCAUUUCCAGAGAGCUGCGGCGGGAGCUGUACGGACGCCGGCGCAAGAAGCAUCGAUCGAGGUCCCGGUCCCGGGAGCGUCGUUCUCGGUCUAGAGACCGUGGUCGCGGCGGAGGCGGUGGAGGCGGCGGGGGACGGGAGCGUGACAGGAGGCGGUCGAGAGACCGGGAGCGAUCCGGGCGAUUCUGAGCCAGGCCGUUUUUACCGUAUGUCUGCUAGGAAGUGCUGUAGUUGAUUGACCAGCCCAGUUCAUAACGGGAAUUUUUUUUAAAAAAAAAACAAUUAAAAAAAACAAAGAUGGGUUUCUGAAUAAAAUUUGUAGUGAUACAGUA